UCCAUUUCUUCUUCUUCUUCGUCUCCUAUAAAAUUCUACCACAUGUCUUCGCAAAAUUAAUUAUUCUAUCACAGUUAACAACAUUCAAAAUCAAUCAUCAACGACGUAACUAUUUAAAAUUCGAUCAUAAAACAUGUCUGCAAUAUCCAAUUCUCUCAUUGCCUUCAGAUUUCUCCCUGCUCCACAUUUUCAGCCCUCCAAAACUCGGAAUUUGGUAUCCUUAUCUUCUUCACGCCUUGCUAUUCGUUAUGAUCAAACGAGAUCGAAACAGCAUCAUGCAAGUUCAAGGAGAUUUAUCGUACGCAGCGUUAUUCAACCGGGAGUUCCGCCGCCCUCCGAGCCUCCUUUCAAUUUCAUAAAAUGGAUUUUGGGCGUAGCUAUAACAGUGGUUCUACCUUUCUUUAGCGGUAAAUGGACAUCGCUUCUCAAAAUUAAAAAUGAAGUGGAGAUGGCUGUGGAGAUGGCGGAGGAAAUAGUCGAGGCGGUGGAGAAGGUCGCGGAGGGGGUGGAGAAGGCAGCCGAGCACUUGGCGGAGGAGCUUCCCGAGGGCGGAGGGCUCAGAAAAGCAGUGGAUUUUGUUGAGCAUGUGGCUGAAAUAGCUAAUAAGGAUGCUCAUAAACUUGGAGACUUCAUAGAUAAGGUUCAAGAAGUGGAGGAAAAGGUAGAGGAUUAUGUGGAGUGUGUGGUUGAGGGUGCCAUCAACCAUGGGCAUCACAAUGAAGAUAAUCAAGAAAAUGGAGCACAAAAUGAGGAAGAAGAUAAGACCCAACUCCAAGACCCAGCCAAAGAAGAAGAAGAAGAAGUCGAUGACACAAGCAAACUUAAUUAAUGUAAUUAAAGUGUAGCGUAAAUCUUAAGUACAAAAGUGUACAAUUACAUAUUGUGCUAUAUUUCUUAAUUCUUUUCGAUGUAUAUCCUUUAAAAUAUUGGGUUCACUAAUAUUUAGUUUUUUUUUU